AUGCCCUCAUAGGAGUGAAAUGGACUUGCACUUGGACGUCUGUACUAAUUUUCCAAGGUACAUGACACCACUUUACUGUGGUAACCCGACUACCAUUGUGUUUGAACGAUCGAUAAAAUCCUGACAAUCAACUUUUGCCUAGCUAGGUUGUUGUUAUCGCACAUUCGGUGUUUCGGAUUCGUUGCACAAUAUCAGCUGAGCUGGCGAUCUGUCAAAGAGCAGACGAUGACAAAAGAAAGCAUAUGAAGCUGUACAUAUUGUCCUUUGUUUUCGUAAUAAUUGAGCCGUACUCUUUGGAUAAAAUAAAUAGGCUACUUUGUCAGCUUUCAACAGUUCAAGUUUUGAGGAAACUUGGAGGUUGCACAUCUGUUACAAUACCAGUAAAACUAGCCACAUCGUGCAACCCAAAUUAUUAACAGGGAAUCGGAAUAAUUUGCAAGCACUUCUAGUUUCACCACAAUCACCUGGACCCCCUCACCACGAUGAACUCGCAGAACAGCCUGAGCUCUGAGUCCUCCAUGGGCUCACAGCCUCACCACAAGAAGUACCGUAGGCAGACCCACAAACGAAUCUUCGUCAAUCGCAGCCUGAACCUGGAGAAGAUCAAGUUUUUCGGUUUCGACAUGGACUACACGCUAGCAAUGUACAAAUCACCACAAUAUGAGCAGCUUGGGUUUGACUUGGUCGUCGAGCGACUGGUCUCCAUCGGUUACCCUCAGGAAUUGUACAGCUUUGUCUAUGACCCUUGUUUCCCCAUCAGAGGACUAUUCUUUGAUAAGACGUACGGCAAUCUACUCAAGAUGGACCCGUACGGUAACAUCCUGGUGGCAGUCCACGGCUUCCGCUUUCUGCAUACCAGUGAGAUGCUCAAGCUAUAUCCCAACAAGUUUCUGGCUCUGAAGAGCAACGACGAGAGACUGUUUAUCCUGAACACUCUCUUCAAUCUACCAGAAACCUACCUACUUGCAUGUCUGGUCAACUACUUCAUCACGUCUCAGGACUACACGGAGACAGAGACCGGGGUCAAGAAGGGUGACCUGAUGCUGUCAUGGGAGAGCAUCUUUGAAGACACCCGCAAUGCUGUCGAUUACGUUCACAUCGGGGUAUGUGCCACGCAUGGCACACUAAAGGAGAAAACUGUUGAAAACCUAGAGGAGUACGUCAUCAAGGAUCCAAGACUUCCAACUCUGUUGCAGAGGAUGAGAGAUCACGGCCGUAAAGUCUUCCUGGUCACAAACAGCGGCUACAGCUACACAGAGAAAAUUAUGACAUAUCUCUUCGACUUCCCGCAUGGGGCGACGGGUCCACCAGGACCGUCCAGUAUGCCUUCCACCCCUCACAAGCAGUGGUACGAAUACUUCGAUGUGUGCAUUGUGGAUGCAAGGAAACCCCUAUUCUUUGGCAAUGGAACAAUCCUCAGACAAGUUGAUCUGGACACUGGUGCUCUCAGGAUAGGCAGCCACGUUGGGCCCUUCCACAAAGGCCAGGUGUACUCCGGCGGUUCCUGCGACGUCUUCAGCGAUCUGAUCGGUGCCAAAGGCAAUGACGUGCUGUACAUGGGCGACCACAUCUUCGGCGACAUUCUCAAGUCCAAGAAGCUAAGGGGAUGGCGGACGUUUCUCGUGGUGCCGGAGAUUGCCCAAGAGCUGACGGUGUGGACAGAAAAGAGAGCACUGUUUGAGAAACUAGAGGAUCUGGACUCAGCCUUGGCAGACCAGUACAAGAAUCUGGACAGCAGCACAGAGUUGGUGCCGGACAUCAGCAAAGUCCGCAAGACAAUACAGCAAGUCACCCAUGAGAUGGACAUGUGCCACGGCAAGUUAGGGAGCCUCUUCAGAAGUGGUUCACGCCAGACCUUCUUUGCCAGUCAGCUGCUGAGAUUCGCCGAUCUCUACUCCUCCACCUUCCUCAAUCUGCUGCAUUAUCCCUUCAGCUACCUCUUCAGGGCUCCACACCAACUGAUGCCCCACGAGUCCACAGUGGACCACUACGAAAUUUGCCCGCACUUCGAGGAGGACCAGAAGUCCAUGAGCAUGAUGUCGCCGGCGCUGACGCGGAAGCGCACUAUGAGCAGCCGCCCUACCAGCACCCACAACCACCAGACUGACAUGAUAGCGUCCGCACCGGAUCCGGUGGAGGUCACUCACGACCACGACGUAGACGAAUAAACAAACAAAACAGUGGCGGCUGAUCACAAAUCAAUCACACGUCAAAUCUAGUGUUGUCAAUUCCAUGACAAGUCCAGUCACAAGUUAAAACACAAGUUCUGUCACCGGUAAACUUCAGGUCGAUUUACUAGUCCGGGUACGAGUAAGAGAGGACAAAGGACCAACUUUGUUAAUAGUGAUUGGUUGCGGUACCUGUUGAUCAGAUUUUAAACCAGCCAACCGACCCUGGCAAGCUUGAUGGUAAGCAGGAGGUCUUGGGUUCGUGUCCCACCCAAGUACUUGGUACUUGAUUGGUUCUUCUCCUAAGAACUCCGCAGGGGAGUUUUCACAGGAGGCCAGUAAGCUUGUGAAGUUUUUUUUUCACAGGUCUCAGUAUACAGUGUUUCUACUACUACGUCUGUGAAGGGCAAAACCAAUAUUGAAUUUACAUCUAUCUAACGCAAAAAAAAAUACAUCAUACAAUU